AUGCCUGAGCCUGAUUUCCCGCCUGGUCUAAGUGCCAAAACUUUCUUUGAAGAGACGUCCAAUUACGUAAAAGAGAUGUUCCCAAGGAUUAUGUUAGUAGAUCUGAGUUAUGGAGUGAGAUGGAGGGGGAUGAAAAAUGGGGGCCGACGUAGAGUCAAUAAUUGGAAGAAAAGUCGCAAGUGGAGUAUUGUCGUAAGUAUGUUUGGAACAACCGGACAGCAAGUGACGACGAAUCUCGCGCUGCAUCAUGUCAUGAAGAAGCAAUUCAAUUCCACGAGCGCCGGUUCUGAACUUCCGGUUCGUUGUCCUACGAAUGUCUUUGACGAAUAUCUUAUUCCCAAGAGGAACCGUAACGAGCAUGCUGUCGCUACUAUCAAAGGCCAUAUCGUUUCUAUGAAGAACGGUGGAAAGCU